AUGCCCUUCUUAACCCCUGGCGGAUUCCCGGCCCUCAUCUAUCAACAACUCUUCGUCACCCCAACGCUUGACCCCUCUCUCACGUUUACCGGUCAAACAGUCAUUGUCACCGGCUCCAAUAUCGGUCUCGGUUUCUCUGCUGCUCAGCAGAUCGCCCAGCGCGGUGCAUCGAAGGUCAUCCUCGCCGUUCGUACGGUCUCCAAAGGCGAAGCCGCUGCCCAGAAGAUCCGGGAGAGCCUCCCGAAAUCUGCGAGCACCAGCACGGAGGUCGAGGUCUGGCCGCUCGACCUGUGUUCGUACCAGAGCGUGAAGGACUUCGCUGCACGGGCGAACAAGCUGGAUAGGUUGGAUGUAUUGCUCGAGAAUGCUGGCGUGGCGAAGUUGAAGUUCGAGAUCGAGGAAGAGGAGGAGUCCACGAUUACGACGAACGUGAUUUCGACGACGUUGCUGGCGCUCUUGAUGCUCCCGAAGUUGAGAGAGACGGCGGAGAAGUUCGGGGUUACGCCACGUUUGACGAUCGUUUCGAGCGAGGUGGCGUUCCAGGCGUCUUUCAAGGAGAGGGAGGCGGACAAUAUUUUUGAGAAGUUGAACGAUCCCAAAUCGGACAUGAUGGACCGGUACAAUACUUCGAAGCUCCUCGAGAAUUUCAUCGUUCGCGAACUUGCUACCCGCGUAUCCGCCUCAACCUCCACCAAACCAUUCGUUAUCGUCAACACCAUCAACCCCGGUUUCUGCGAGUCCGCUCUUCGGCGCAACGUCACUGGUAUUCUAGGCGUCGUCAUCGCUGUCUUCGAGUUUUUCCUGCAGCGCAAAACCUACAUCGGUGCUCGUACGCUCGUACACGCCGCUUCUGCUGGUAAAGAGUCUCAUGGACAGUACUUGAGCGAUUGUCACCUUCAUCCGUCACCGUUGGAUACUGGGAAGUGGGGAAAAGAAGAGGAGUUGAGGAAGAGGGUUUGGAGCGAGUUGGCAAUGAAGUUGGAGAAGAUUGAGCCGGGGGUAACGAAGAAUCUUUGA